AUGGCUCGAAGCGAAACAUCGAAUUUUAGCCAUCCAUCUUCAAUUACCGGUCUGGCUUCGACAAUAACGGCACGUCCAACACUAAAUCAAACAAAUCUUUCCAAAGAUCCCAAUCAGCUCAGUGAUAAUAUCAAAAAUGAAUUUCUUUCACGUGAAGGCACUUAUAAAAUCUCUUCAUUCAUUGAUAAUCUCGGUAAAUCGAAUAGCAAUACAUGUUUAAACGAACCGGUUAAAAUAACAUUGAUGACACGCUUACAACCGCUGAAUGGUUGUAAUAGUGAAACAAGUUCAAUGAACUCUUCGUCAACACUCAAUAACAACCGACAAUCAAAUACACCGAGUCUAGAAAAUCAACCGAAUGAACAACAAUAUUUCGAAAUGAAACAGUCAGCAUUUUCCAAUGGCGUCGAAACAAGUCAACAGAAUGGAAAUAUGAUCAGUACACAAUUGUUAACAUUCAAUAUUGGUAGAGAGUUGAUCAUGUAUGAAUUUACCGAUUCAACACAAUCAAAUUUCAAUGAGCCGAUUGAUCAUCGUAUUUACAAGCAAAAUCAUCAACCGACAUGCCAUGACGUGAUGCAGAUUUCGGAUACGAACGCAUUGCAUGUUCUUGUAGGCUUUUCGAAAGGACAAAUUCAGUAUAUAAAUAUGCAAACAAAAGAACAGAAAGUUUUCAACGAAGCUAGUUAUUUGGAUAAAACUAAAGUGACGUGUAUCAAAUGGUUAACUUCGCCUCGAACACAUUUUGCUGUAUCGUAUUCGAGCGGAAACAUGUAUGUUUUUGAUGAGCAACUUAACCAUCAACGCGAUGCAAAUAUCCAAGCAACUUAUACAACCAUAAAAGACGACGAAAAGAAUUUUGUAAUAUCAUAUUUAAAGAAUAAAUCGAAGAACGCACGGAAUCCGGUGUCUCGAUGGUCAAUUGGAAAUGGGAGUAUCAAUGAAUUUGCCUUUUCUCCUGAUCGUGUUCUCCUUGCUAUUGUUUCUCAAGAUGGAUUUCUGCGAAUUUUCAAUUAUGAAAAGAUGGAACUAGUUACUUACAUGAAAAGUUACUUCGGUGGUCUUCUCUGUGUGUGUUGGUCUCCCGAUGGAAAAUAUCUUGCAACCGGUGGUGAAGAUGACUUCAUGACAUUAUUUUCUCUCGAUCCCGAAGAAUAUUCUGCUCGUGUGUUAUGUCGUGGUCAUGGUCAUACAUCUUGGAUAAGUGCGAUUUCAUUCGAUCCAUAUAUGAAUGAGAAAAAUUAUUAUUCGUCUUUCAACCAACGACAAUCGUCGUUGUCAUUAAAUGAUAAUGACGAGAAGGAUUCACUGAAAAAAUCAGCUUCGUGUUCACGAAGUAGUUCAUCGUGUUUUGAUACGAAUAUUCCAUCGUUAUUCUAUCGCAUUGCAUCUGUUGGACAGGAUAACCGUUUGUGUUUUUGGGAUAUAACGGAAGAUAUUCUCCGAAUUAAUCAAACUCUUUCAAAAACUAGCAAUAAUAGCCUAUCAAAACGUCAUUCUUCGAAUUAUCCAGUUUUGUCCAAUGGCUAUUCGUCGUUCUUAUCAGAUACAACGCCCAUCUCAUCAACUAAUUCAUCAUUACCUACAACCAAAUCUUCAUUUUCAUCCUUAACAGCACGUUUAUCAUUUGCACGAAAUUCCAACAAAGUUCACAAAUCCAUCGAUGAAACAUCCAAUACUUCCUUGACAGCGCUUAGCAAUGGUUCAUCAAAGAAAACACGUCGACUACCACUCCUUUCACAUACGAUGAGUACUUCAAAGUCCACAGGAUCAUCGUCAUUUAUAUCGACAAACGCAUCUGUCUCCAACGACUCAAAUUAUGGUUCGUUAUCAACGAUCUCGACAAAUAGUACUGCAUCACGUCGAACGAAUUUCGAUCUAACCAAAAGCACAUUUGGUACUCAUCUAUGUCCACGAUUGGAUGAAGUCCAAAUCAUCGAACCUGUCGUCACUGAAAUCAUUUCUAAUGAACGUUUAAAUGGGAUUUAUUUUGACGAAAAUUGUUUUUUCACUUCAUCUCAAGACGGAAUUAUAACCAUUUGGGGAAAACCACACGAAAUCCAGCAAACUAGCGCGAUCAAUCAACAAACAAUUUUAGUCAACAGUAAUUCUCACCAUUCAACAAUACUUCAACGAUUAUAA